CACCGACAGCCAAGCCCUGGCCCAGCACAACUGUCUUCCCAAGGCUCUGUAGCUAGUUAGUGGCCGCGUGGUGGUGGUGCUAGUGUGGGAAACGUGUGCUUCCUGGGGGACGCAGACCAGAAAGGUAGUGACUUUCUGCCAUGCCUGAGUAUUCAGACGAUUAGUGUGGUCAACAACGCGCCUGGUGUGUCGCUGUUUGGUGGCCGGAGUAAUUAUGUAGCCCAUGCGCGAUUUGAACCUGUCCCUAGGAUAGGUGAAAGUGGUUCUUAAUUUCUUCUGAUUUGCGAGGAUGCGGUAUGGUCUAAAUAAUCGUCGUCGAGCUUCGUAUAGACACAGCCGCUGUACGUUAUACGGAACAGAAAACCACGGACUUUCCGUGUCUAACGGUCACUAGCUAAGCCACCGCGCCCCCUCCGCCCAGCGGUGGCUACUACAAGCGUGGUUUUACUACUCUCUCGGGGUGUUUGAACCCCGAUGCGGCCCGCGUAUGGAGGUAUCUUCUCCAGCACGUCAAGGGUUACAUUCGCGUUGACCGAAAGAAGGUAGUUUGACUCUCUCGGGGUGUUCGAACCCCGAUGCGGCCCGCAUAUGGAGGUGUCUUCUCCAGCACCUCGUGCUGAAGGCCUUCGUCGGACCAGAAAAGCCGCCGAGGCAGCGGCGGCACCGGCAACGGCAGCACCAGCUGCAGCAGCAGCAGCAGCAGCAGCAUCAGCGCCGACAGAAACAGCAGCAGCGGUAUCAGCGACAGCGGCAGCAGCAGCAUUGGGAACAGACUCGGUUGAUAUUCGCAGCAAUAGCGGCGGAGAAGCAGACCGGGAUACGGGGUCAAGCCAACAAGACGAGUCUAGGGUUAGAGUGACUAGGACCAGCGUCGGGGAGACGGAAGUGGGAGAGGAGGGAAUUAGGAGCGCGUCUGUGACCCGCAGAGUAGCGAAGAAAGGGAAGGACACGCCUAAAUCGCGCAAGGGGAAAAAGGCGGGGAACGAGGACCCGGAGAGUGGAGUAGGUCAGUUACCUCAGUUGGCGCUAGCUGAUUCUCCGUCUAGCGUCCCGGUUGACUUGACGUUUUCUGAUAGGCUGACGGAAGAUACGCAGCAGGGUCAGGAGCAGGUAACGGAAGCCCAGCAGGUGACGGAUUCCGAGCACGUAACGGAAGCCCAGCAGGUGGCGGAUUCCGCGCAGAUAACGGAGUCCGACCAGGCAGGGGAAACGGCCCAAGUGUGUGAAGCGGAGAAAGAGAAAGAGAAACUGCCUCGCCCGCGCUCGUCCUCUGCCAAGCGGAAACCGCAGGACAAGGGGAAGCAAAGGGAGCGACAGAAACAGGAACAGGAGAAACAGAAACAGGAACAGGAGGUGGGCAAGGUGCAGGAGAGAGGGGAGCGGCAGAGAGGGGAGCAGCAGCGAGGGGAGCAGGAGAGAGGGGAACAGCAGAGGGAGGAGCAGCAGUCAAGAACAGGAGAAUCGCAAAAGCUGUCAGUUAGACCGACUACAGGGCAAACCGCAGUGCUGACAGCAGAGCAGCUGAGGAAGCACACGGAGCGGAUCACAGGCCAGCAAUCACCAGAGCUUACUGCAGCAAACGCCAGCCGUUGCCGCCCAAACAGUCCCGGUUUGUCGUCAAACGUGAGCGUCCGCCAGCUCAGAUCGAUUUUUGAACAAUCCAAGACCACAACUGGCCCUCUUCGCAAAAGCAGCAAAAGCAACAGGAACAGCAAGGGCAGCAACAGCAGCGGCGGUAACUCCAACGCUGUUAGGCGUAGCAGCAGCAUUGGUACCACAGACACGGACUCGUCUGACGCCUUAGCUAACCCUAGCAUUGUCAGUAGCAGAAUGAAGAGGGAGGGGUCACUCAGGGCGGGUUCUAUACUCGGGCCUGGCAGCAGAGCGUCUCCUAGACGGAAAGCGCAAUCUGCAGGCUUGGACUUAGUUAAAUCCCCGCACGCUCUUAAGAGCCAGGUGCAGAGGCGACAGCAGGGGAAGCAGGCGGCGCUGAGACGGCCUAAUUCCCCUUGCCAGGUGCCUAGGAGUGCAGAGGAUGAUGAUAGCUGUGAGGCAGGAGAGGGUUCUUUUAGACAGCGUCUUGGUGGCAGUGCGGAUCGCGGGGAUGCUUGUAUCGAGGAUAGUGAUGAGAACAGAGGAAAGGAUGAUGAUGGCGAUUCUGACGGUUUAGAUGGCGCGCCGAGCAGGGAGGCUGCUGCGACGCGGUUUGAUGCCACCAGGCGAUGUGACAGUAACGGAUUGUACUGCAGUGAGGAGGGCAGGAGAAGUGACAGUGGCGAGGGCAGCGGCGGCGGCAGCAGAGGGGGACGGGCGACCAGGAACCCGAAACAGGUAGUUAGAGCUGCGAUCCCUGCAUCUGAUAGCAUUGAGAUGGAUACGGAUCGGGAGGGAGGUGGAGGAGGGGGCAGAGAAACGGGUAUGACGUUCGAUGGUCUGGAAGGGGAAGAAGAUAUGCAAGCAGAAACGGUUGUCCUCGUUAUAGGUACUGGGAACACUGGUCUAGCGUCGGGGGUUGUGAUGGCGCCUGGCAGAGCGAGGAGGAAGAGGGAAGGUGGGAGGGCAGCGGGGAGAGGGAGAGGUGCUGCGGGCGUGGGGCAAGACAGAGGGAGGGGGACGGUGGGGGAGAGGAUCCGCCAACUUGAGAUAGCUGCCGCAACUGCUGCUGCUUCAGGCGUGGGGGGGAGAGCAGCGGUUCAGGGGAAAAAAGGGAGAGGCGGAGCGGUUGGAAGCGGUGCUGCUGGCGGGGCUCAGGCACGCAAGGAGUGGACUCCUAAGGGGAGGAAGGCAAGGAAGGAUGGAGUGGGUUCUGUUGGGGAAAUAAGCGGCACAGAAAGUGCCUCUGAGAAGGUGCAAGAUCAUGGUAGGUUAUGCGUGGAGGGGGGUUCUUCUAGUGAGCUGGUUUUCACAGGCACGAGCUUGACUUUGGCAGAUCUACCACCACUGACUGUUGGUGGAACGGACAGUCAGGCAGUUUGUGCGGGUGCAGUUGUUAGCGUUGCCACACGUGGCAAUGGUUCGGGCGGUGGGGCGGCAAGGAGCAGAAGGAAGGGAUUGAAGGGAGGAAAGGAUGCGAGAAGGUUGUCCGGAGGAGGAGGGUGGUCGUCGGGAGGGGAAGGGCAAGGGGGAAAGGGGCGGGGAUAUGGGAGUGAGAAGGAAGGGGAGAAGGGGGGGGUAGGGGCUAGGAAGGGGGGGCGUGGACUGGAAGUUGGGGGCCUAGGGUUGCUUGAGCGAACAGGGGAAGACGACCAGGCGGCUUGUUUUGUGGAUGAGUCAGUAGUGGUGGAAUGCUGGGAGCGGGAACGAGCGACGGAUACGUGUGACGAGAAUGUGGUAACAUGUGCCACGGGAGCAGGGAACACGCUGGAAGGAGGAGGCAUGGCGUCCGAAUACGAAAGGUCCACAGUGUGUAACGAGAUGGAGGUCGGGGAGGACGGGGUGAAUGAGAGAGUGUGCUGCGCAAAAGGGGUGGUGGAGGGGGGAAAGACGAGGGUGGAGGGAGGAGAGAGGGUGUUCCACAGUCAAGGGGCCGUCUUGCUGCAAAGUGGAGAGGAGCUGGGGUUUGAGGAGGCGGGGGAAGCGGAGGAGGAGGAAGAUGAGGAGGAGGAAGUGGAGGAGGAGGAGGCGGUGGUGUGCCAUGAGCUGCGGCUGAGUAGAGAGAUGGAGGAGCAUGCAAGGGGGGCGCUGGAGGGAGGAGAGAGCGUACUGCUAGUUGAUGACGCCUCGGGACGGGCCUAUCAGCUGCUGCCAGCUGUCGUCGUGGAGGGGUUGGAAGAGGGGGGAGGGGGAGGAGAGGAGGACGGUAGUGAGGGGGAGGAAGAGGAGGAGGAUGAGAGUGGGAGUGAGAGGGAGAGUGAGGGGGAGGUGCAGGAGGAGGAAGGAAGAGAGGGCUCGGGCUCUGAAGAAAGGGACGGUGGAAGGGAGGGUGGAAGGGAGGGUGGUUAUAGAGAGGCAGAUGAAGAAGGAAGUGGGGUAAAGGAGAGGGAGGGUACGGAGGAGGAGAGGGAUGAGGCGGAAGGCACCAGCUUAGAUGCGCCUCACCUCACACCUUGCCCAGGCAGUUCGUCCCCAAGCCAGCGCACGAGUAACCGUGUAACAGGCAGUGGUAUUGGCGAAACUGUUUGUAACGCAGGUAUGGUUGUUACAGGGAGCAGCAGAGGCAUGGAUGCAUGUGACGGUCACAGGCGGUCCCUGUCGUCCCUCUCUGGGGACUUGUCUUUCAAUGAGAGCAUGGAGGAUGCAGCUACUAUAGGCGAUACCAGCGUUGGUACCGAGAGGGGCAGCUGCAGUGUGUAUAGUCGAGGGGGUGCGGAGGGGUAUGGUUUCCCGGAGAGGACGAGAGGGCUAAUAUCAGCAGCAGCAGCAACAGCCGCAGAACGAGCAGCUGCGGCAGCGACAGCAACAGCAACAGCAGCAGCGGCGGCAGCAGCUUCAGCAGCAGCAGCAGAGUUGCCAGCAAUAGUGCCACAGAGGCGGGUGUUGACUGGAGCAGGUAGGAGCUCCAGAAACAGCAGCGGCAAUGCCAGUGCGAGCGGCAGUGGUGGUGGCAGCAGCAGGAACAACAACCAGCUCCCUCUUGCCAUUGCAGGUGCUGCAGGCUCCAGUCUUGACUCCUCUUCAAACAUUCUUGCGGACAAGCACCUGUCUCACCCCUCCUCCUCCUCAGUUUCCUCCCCCUCCGCUUCCCCCCCGUACUCCAUUUUCUCCACAUCCUCUGCGGUCCGCCGCACUGUAGCAGUGAAGCAGUGGAUCGACUCCCAGCCAAUGGCGUCGCAGCUCGACCCCGUGGCAGAAUCGAAUUUAGAGUCGAACUUUGAAUCGAACCUCGAGCAGAAUUUUGAGUCGAGUCUCGAGCCGAAUAUUGAGUCACGAGAGAUCGUGCCAGAGGAAUCAGAAGAAGACGAAAUACUGAUCCUUCCGUCAGCAGCAGCCGCAGCUGCAGCAGCAGCAGCAGCAUCAGCCGCUCCUGCUCCCACUCCCAGCAUGGUAAACCCAUCUGGUUCUCGCACCGAGUACCCAUCAGCACCAUCAUCACAUAGCACGGCCCGUCAAGCCCCUCGCUAUAGUCACAAUCACCAGAACCCUCCGGCUAUGCCCCCGAACCAGUGCUUCCUUACCCCUGUGCGCAUCGCUGCUAGGCGGGGGCUGUUCCGCAAUGAGUGUGUGGCUCCUGCGGUGCUGGGAGGUGGGAACCAAAGGACGGGCGGAAAUGGACUUAGAGGUGAGAAUCAAACAAGCGGUGCGAGUCAGACAAGGGGAGGAAACCAGGGAGGGAGGGGUGGGAGUGCGAGAGUGAGGGGGAGGGGUGAGGGGGAGGAGGUGGGGAUGAGGAAUCAGCGAGCAAGGCCAAGACCAGGUGGGGUGAGACCUGGGGUAGAACGGACUGGUGCAGGGGCAGGGGGAGGUGAUAGAAGGGAGGGAAGGGCAGCAGGGCCGGCAGAGAGAGAAGCUGCUCUAGCCAUGCAGGCGGUAAGAGGGCGUGGGAGAGGGGGGAGGGGACGGAGAGGGGGAGGGGGAGGAGGAGGAGGCAGAGGAAGAGGAGGAGGAGGAGGAGUGAGGAGGGAAUUGCUUGGGGAAGGAGGAGAAAUGGGAGCAGAGAACGCAUUAGCCGAAGAGAAUGUUUCAAGGGCAGGGGGAGUGCAGCAACAGUCACAGGCACAGCUUCGUCAGUUAGAUCAACAGCAGGAAAUACGGGGGGGAAUAGAAGGGGAAAUAGAGGAGGCAGAGGAAGAGGGGCAGGAGGGGGAGCAGGGAGAAGGGGGGUACACCGAAGGGGACUUGCUGAACGAAUCCGGCGCUCGCCUGUCCUCCUAUCAGCAGCACCCGGCAGGGAACGGUGAGAGGUCUGAGAGGAGAGCGAGCAGGUUGCACCGAAGCAAUCAGGGAGAAGGAGGAGCUAGCCUGAGCACCCAUGGAGGAGAAACUGGCCUGCGACAGCGGCGGUGGUGGUUGCUGACGGGCUCCUCCGCUUAUUUGUGUGUGGCGUGUCCUGUGGUGCUGCGUCCCGUGUGUGGCAGUAGCAGCGCCAGUAGGUCGCACUGUUUCAGAGAGCAUGAGACUGGUGCGGGAGGUAAUGUAGCAGGCAGUUUGGGGGGUGGUGUGCCUGCUGCCCCUCGCUCCUCGCCUCGCGAGUGGCCAGGUGAAGGUGCAGAAGUGGCUGAGUGGCACAUAGCAGGAGACACAGGGACAGUAGGGACAGCAGCAGAGGCGGUGGCAGGAGCAGUAGGGGCAGCAGCAGGAGCGGCAGUAGGAGCAGCAGGGGCAGCAGCAAGACCAGCAACUGCAGAGUCACUAGGAGAAGACAGCGAAGAGGAAGGGGAAGAGGAAGCAGGGGAGUCAAGGCGCAUGUGCAUGGGAAGGCGUGGGCGGACAAGAGAGGGUUUGCAAGGAGUGGGGAGAGGUGAGGGAGCGAGAGACAGAGGGGGGGUUGACCAUGGCAGGAUGAGGAGGAGGGGUAGGAUGGUGGAGAUGGAGAACGAGCAUGCAACAGCAACAGAUGCUGACACUGCAUCUGACGGCGAUAUCCCUGCUGCGAGCGCUGGAAUAUUUGCCACAGCAAACGUGCAUGGAGCGCAUGUCGUCUCUGCUGAUAACACAGAGGAGCAUUCUCUCAAUGUUGCUGGCAUGCAGGGGCAAGUGGUGGCGGAUCCCCCUCCUCACAGUUUGAGUGCGAGCAGUGGAGAGGGUAUGAGAAGCCGUGCCUUGUGGCGCUGGCAGCAGCAGCAGCAGCGCCUUCGGCAGCAGUUCUCCCCUCUACCCUCCCUCCUGCCCUCUCCCUCUCGUGCUACUCGUACCACUCGUGCCACUCAUCCACGUCAGCAGCAGCCAGAACAGCAGGAGCUGAGUCCAGAGCAGCAACAUCUCGUGCCAGGUCAGCUCGUGCUGACUCAGCAGCAGUCUGCGUCGAGUCAGUGCAGGCUGGGUCGGCGUCGGGUGUCUGUACAUGGGCUAGUGGGCAGGCAGAGCAGGCAGAGAGGAAGCGGGGGAGAACGAAGAGUGAGCGGUGACAGGGGACUGGAGGCUGAAGGGGAGGCAACUGUCGGCGUGGGUCUGACAGCAGUAGAUGGUGAAGCAGAGGAGAUGGUGCGGGAAGGAGGGGGUGACUCAGCAGUGGAUUCGGUGGUGGAGACACCCGCAGUCCCAGGAGAGGACAGUGAGGCUGAAAGGGAAGAGGCCGGGGCUGGUGAGGCUGAAAGGGAAGGGGCUGGGGAGGAGGUGGAGGCGGAGAGAAGUGGUCCUGGUGUGGCAUUGAGCAGGGUUGUGAUGGGGCAUGAGGGGGGUACAGAAGGUGCUGCUUCACCUGGCGUGGUGACCCACAACGCACCGGACAGAAGUGGUCCUCGUGGUGUGGCAUUGAGCGGGGUUGUGAUGGGGCACGAGGGGGGUACAGAAGGUGCUGCUUCACGUGGCGCGGUGACCCACGCACUGGACAGCUGUGCACCAAGCAGGGAAGGCAAGAGGGAGUUGCACAGGGCAGGGGGCAGCCCCAGCUGUGUGGUGGAUUUUAGUGGCAAUGCCACUUGUGCUGCAGGUACUGCAGCUGCUACAGAGGCGUCAACUGCAGCUGUUGUUACAGAGGCGUCAAUUGCAGCUGCUACAGAUGCGCGUUUGCCUGCUCUUGAGAGUGCUCAAGGCACCCCGGUAGUAGCUGUUGCUACUGAUGCGUCUUCACUCACCCACCCUGCCGCCUCCACUUCUGCUGCUGCUGCUGCUUCGACAGAAGGGGCGCGUGGGAGGGGUGGGGGGGGUGAGACAAGCAUGGAGUUGUGCAUUUCGGGUGGGGAGGAGAGGAGCUCAGUGGAGGGUGGUGAUCUCGCGGAUGGUGAAUCAGCCCUUGCAGUGAGGGACAGACAGAUUGAGACACGAGGAGAAAAUGUGGUGGGGCUGGUGGCUGGGAUGCAAGAGCGGAUCGAUGGGGUUAGUGAAGUUCCUCCUGCUACUGCUGGAGCAACGGUUGCCUUUGGAAGUACCGGUGCCAACACUUCUGAGCGAGCAGCUAAUUUGUUGAUUGCAAAUUUGGUCGCAUCGACAGAUGUGGUUGCUGAAUCUUUAGCUGCUGCUGGUGCUGCUGCUGCUGCUGCUGCUGCUGCGUCUCACUCGUUGCCAGCGUCUGCUGCUGCGUUCGCGGCUGAUAUGCCCGAUUCAACACCUGGCCCGGCACCAGGCACAGCAUCAAAUACACCUGAGCCAGCACCUGAUGCAACAGAACUCGAUGCCGCAUCUGAUGAGAUUCUUGAUAUGGUACAUGACAUAUCACCUGAUGUGAUACCUGACACAGCAUCUGAUCAAGCACCUGAGCCAGCAGCUAUAGCUGAAGCAUUUCCACAUGCCAUUUCACCAGCCUCUGGCCCACUGCCUUCACAGCAGCCUCUUUCUGUCCGGCCUGUUGCAGCAGCAGCAGCAACAGCAACAAGUGUUGGCGCCACUGCACCAGCAACAGCAGCAACCGCCCCUGCAGCAAGUAGGCAGUCUGUCAGCACACCUUUCCCUGCUGCUGGACCUGCUGAUGCACCAUAUACUGCUGUUUCCACCACACAGCCAGCAGCAACUGUGUCGCUCCCACUUCCACUGGACAAUGUGGUCCCAUCAUCACUGGUCUCUCAUGCUUCAGCAUCAGACUCACAAACAUUGCCCAUCCUUCCAGCAUCAUCCCCAGUGCCAGAAACCAGCAUGUUGGAUGACUCCCCUGUCGCACCCACUCUCGCCAUGCACAUUCCCUCUGCAAUUGGCGAAGCAGCAGCAGCAACGUAUGCGCUGCCAGCGCCCUCAAUGGCAACCUCUCUCACCAUGCCCAGUCCCUCUGCAAUCGGCGAAGCAGCAGCAGCCGGCACUUGCCAUUCUUUCAUCUAUGCAGACACUGACAUGCCACAGCCAUCAUACACUGCCAACAUCCAGCCCUUGCCCUAUGAGAGUCAGGGAGCUGAGCAGCACUGCACGCAGUACAAUCCGUUUGAUUCCUAUGAUACAGUGGCCUCCCACGUUCCAUCGAAUCCGUUUGGUUUUGGGGCGCCAGCGGCACCAGAACCAGCAGCAGGGGCAGCAUCCAAUGAGACAGACAGGGGAACAGCAGCAGUGCCACUGCCAGGGGCGGGGACGUCAAGUGCAGUAGAAUCGUGUCCUAUGGAAGGAUGGGUGCUGUUUUCCCCAGCACGAGGUGAAGGUGUGGGCUUGGAUGCAGGCCCUGCACCCUCAGUAGCUGUAGCACCAGCGGUAGCUGUAGCAGCAACAGCAACAGCAGCUGUUGCAGAUGCCGCGGCUCCAGCCACUGCUGUAGCAAGAGGGUUGACAACAGCAGCAGCAGCAGCAGCAGCAGCAGCAGCAGCUGGAGAGAGUGAGGCUGUGAGAGAGCCAGCAGAAGUCACUGUGAGUGGUAGGGGCGGAGAGCAGGGCAGUGUGGGAGCAGAGCAGGGACGAGCACAAAGAGAGAGCCCCGUGCGUUUCCGCAGGGUGGCGAGUUCUGGUGCUGUGCAAAUGAGCACUGUUAGUGCAGGCAUGCCUUUGCCGACAGCAGUGCGCAUGGGCUCUCCGUUAAGAGUGAGGGGAAGAGACAGCUUAACAGGGUCUGGGGUGCUGCAUUCGAGCUCCAGCUUUAGCAACAGCUUUGGUGGUGGGAGUGCUGCUGGUGGUAGCGGUGUUGGUGUUGGUGGUGCUGGUAGUGGUGUUAUUGGUGGCAGCAGUGGCAGUGCUUCUGGCGGUGUCAGUGUGCAGGGUGGUGUGGGCAGCAGCAGCAACAGGGGGGAUGUGGUGUUGAGGAUGCACGAGCAGAGGCAGCAGCAGCGGCAGCGGCUCUUGCUGCUCCGGCUGCAGCGCAUGCUGUUGACCCGUAACGAGUCGCCUUCUAACGAGGAUGGAGAAGCAGGAGAAGGGGAAGAGAACCAGCAGCAGCAGCACCUGAGCCAGCAGCAGCACCAGCUGUACGAGCAGUUGCAGAGCCGAGGCGGGGGUAGGGACGAACAGGCACUGAUUGACGCAGCGAUCGAAAACGCUCUCUUUGGCUCCUCCGCCUCCUCCUCCUCCACAACUCUGCUUACCAGCAGUGCUGCUAGUGCGGCUGCUGGUGCGGCUGCUGCGUCAGGUGCCAGCGGAAACGAUUCUAUCACUGUUCCUCGCCCUCCUGUCCCUGUCAGGUUCCCAGCAUCGGCACGGGUGGUGGCAGCAUUGGCAACAUCAGGCACAGGCACAGGGGCAGGAGGUAGUACUGUAGCAGGCACUGUAACAGGAGCGGGUGUGCCACUGGUGGCCGUUUUAGGAGGCCCACCAAUCCAAGUAUCAUCCAGACGAACCCAGAGUCCUGCUCUCACUCACACACAGCCGUGGGGGGGUGGGGUAGCCAGCAGCAGAAGGCACAUGGGGGGAGAGAGACAGAGGGGAGGAGCAGAAGAGGAGGAAGAGGAGGGGCGCAGGGACAGGACUGGAGGGGGGGUGGGAGGGAGAAGAGGGGGGACGAGAGUAGGAGGGGGAGAAGCAGGGGUUGGUGAGGAGGGGAGGGGAGGGGAGGAGGUGGAGCCGUUGGAGGCGCUGUGCUGUGUGUGCAUGGAGAGGUAUCGGAAGGCAGCGUUUGUGCCGUGCGGGCACAUGCUGUGCCGCACAUGCGCUCAAGAGGUCAGGGACAGGCGGGGCAAGUGCCCGCUGUGCAACCGAAAAAUCAAAGACGUGCUCAAGCUGUACUGAUAAGAUUCAGAUGUUUACGGUACAUGGGAAUUGUUUUGAAUGUGAGGCUGCAAUCCCCUUAAAGCUUAUGGCUUAAAAAAUAACAAACCAUGUGCCAAUACAACAAAAUGGUAGUGAAAUU